AAUCCAACGACCCUUCGACGUUGAGCUCUGCCUCGCCUCGGAGGAAUCGCGAAUCGGUCUAGUUUCCCUCGUUGACGUUCUCAUUGUUGCAUCGUGACCCCGAACCCCGAUACACAUGCACUACGUGUUCGUUGUGUUGUACCUGACGAUGUUUAGUUUGAUUCUGUUCUGUAUACUUUUGUUCACGCGUGGCGUCAUCUCGAGGAUACAAUCUGUUCUGUACGUUUGAGUUGUGUUUCUGUUCUCAUAUCGAAUUAUCAAUAAAUUUUCUUUUUCUUCACGCAAAACGGAUUUGUGUUUUCAUUUAUUGUACUCACACACUUUCACAUCGUACCACAUCCGGAUCUCCUGCAUUUCUCCCUUACACGUCAAUUCUGCACAGAUAUUAUCACGUACUUAAGUACUCCUGAAAUAACAAGAGUGACAUGUGAUCUAUGGUAAUCCAUUUUUUGCUGAUUAUCAAAGCAAUGGUGUACUAAAAGACCAAACGGUAACGUACAUGAACUAAGUGACCAAGGGAACUCAUCAAGUUGAAAAAAAUGAAUAAUCAAGCGUUUAGUUUGGCGGAGAGGCUGAUACCUUCGACCUAUGUGCAACAGGGCUUGAAUGCCAAGAAAUCCCGGGAGAACCUUAUACGGCAUUUUAUCGAGCAUCGAAAAUGGCCAGAGGAAGGCUGGGACGACGCGACGAUAGAGGCAUUUUUGUCAGAUUUAUCACAAAUGGACAGCAAUAAUUUUCCCUCAAAUUGUAGUGUUGGCGAACGCGAGGCGAGAAUCGUGUCGAAUAUCGUCGCGAGACGACAUUUUCGUAUGGGACACGGCAUAGGUAGAUCCGGCGAUCUAGAAGAAGUACAACCGAAAGCUGCUGGUAGCAGUUUAAUGUAUAAAUUAACUAACUCCUUAGUACUUGAAGUUAUACGAUACAUGGGAGUGAAGAGCAUAGCAGGCUGCUUUCUAUCACCAAUGGCUACAGGAAUGAGCCUAGUUUUAUGUAUGUUAACGCUUAAGCAAGACAGACCACGUGCAAAAUAUGUUUUAUGGCCUAGAAUCGACCAAAAAUCUAGCUUCAAAUCUAUAAUCACGGCUGGAUUAGAACCCAUUGUUAUCGAGAUGCAAAUAAUAGGAGAUGAAUUAAAAACCGACAUGCAGAGACUCGAGGCUCAAAUGGCAGCCCUAGGCGAGAGCGUCGCUUGUGUACUUACAACAACUAGCUGCUUUGCGCCCAGGGCAUGCGAUUCUGUAGACGCGAUCGCGGCUCUUUGCAGCCAAUACAAUAUACCACAUUUGGUAAAUAAUGCAUAUGGCUUGCAGAGUACACGAUGUAUGCAUCUCAUACAAGAAGCGUCAAGAAAAGGUCGCGUGGAUGCUUUCGUUCAAAGCACGGACAAGAACUUUCUAGUUCCAGUGGGUGGUGCCAUCAUAGGCUCCUUUGACAAGAAUCUUUUAGAUCGCAUAUCGAAGAUGUAUCCAGGACGUGCAAGCGCGAGUUCCGUUAUGGAUGUAAUGAUAACGCUGUUGAGUCUUGGAAUGGCAGGGUACAAGCAAUUGAUUGCUCAACGUAAAGAAAUGUAUUCUUACCUGAAAGAUGAAUUGGGAAAGUUAGCGACAAGGCAUGGAGAGAGGCUAUUAGACACUAAGGGCAAUCCAAUAUCCAUGGCUAUGACUCUUCAGUGUCUAAGUCAUCAGCACGAUAACAAGCAAGUUACUAUGCUAGGAUCAAUGCUAUUUCUGCGUAAUGUUAGUGGUACUAGAGUAAUAACGACUACAGAUUCUAAACACAUCGUUUCACAUAAAUUUGAAGGCUGGGGUGCACACAACAGCAAUUACAGAGUUCCAUAUCUAACUGCUGCGGCAGCGUUAGGCAUGAAGCGAUCUGAUGUGGAUGCAUUCAUUCAAAGAUUGGACAAAGCUUUAACGAAAGUAAGGAGGCGUUCGGCGCCAGUAACGCCCACUGCAUCACUUGCCGGUUCUAGCAUCAAUGGAGAUGCAGGUGGUACUGGUGGACCGGGAGAAUCUAGCACAGCCUCAACUAGCCGUGCAAGUAGCAAAGACAGUUUAAGAAAAUGAACCGUAAUCAACGCAACUGGCCAGUCCAAUCAGCACAUUAAUAUCAAUUUGUAAGUAGCUUAUCGCUUACAAAUUGACAUCCAUAGCAUGUUUCUGAGAAAUGCGAUUUGAAAUUGUUCCUUUAUAAUUAUAUCAAUUAUAUAUUUAUAUUGACAAAAGUUGUACAAAAUCUGAAAAAAAUUUAAUGUGAAAGACAAGCUUAAACCUUUCUAAAGUUUAAAAACUAUAUAUAAUACAUUUCUUAGGAGGAAGGGAAGAAUAAAUAUGUAGAAAUUCUUU